AUGGUGGUUAUACCCAGGCCAGUACAGAGCUUGUUUGAGGCCCAGGGUAGGAAUCUUGCUCUUGGCAUGAUAGUCAUUUUUGAUGAUCCUCUCCCCAUUCCUCAUAACUUUUACCAGCCGGGUGACCUCAUCAUUGGGGGUAUUGUUUCCCAGGUCUUCUUCAACUACAAUAAUCAGUCGUUUAAGGAAGAGCCGAGACAGAUCUUGAUUGAUGAAGCAAUGUGUCACAACCAGAAUAAUCUGAUAGCCGUCAUUGGAGCAUGUUUCUCUGAGAUCUCUACUAAUAUAGCUGUCAUUUCAGCAAGCAGAAAGACUCCACAGCUCACUUAUGGAACACUUUUGCCAUCAUGGGAUGAGAGAAUAAUUUUACCUUUUUUGUCCCAUAUGGUCCCAAAUGAAGCCCACCAGUACAUGGGAGCUGUCCGGUUAUUUCAGCAUUUUGGAUGGACAUGGGUUGGGCUCUUGGUUAUAGAUACUGACAAAGGGGAACGAUUCUUACAGACAAUAGUGCCCAUGCUUUCUCAGAAUGGCAUCUGUUAUGCCUUCAUCAUAAGAUUGCCCAAAUGGAAUUAUGUGGAUGAGUUGAUGCAAUUGCUUGUACAGCGCUGGGAAACUUAUGGAAUUACUACUCAGGAAAACACUAAUGUAUUAUUUGUAUAUGGAGAAAAUCCAUCCUUUCAAGUUUUGAGAAUAUUGCUGUUUCUACGACCAAUUAUGGAAUCCCCUCCUCUGGGGAAAGUAUGGAUUAUUACAUCCCACUGGGAUUUCACAUCACUGUCAGUUCAAAAGACAUGGGACAUGCAAACUUUCCAUGGUUCCAUAUCCUUCACUGCUCACUCCAAUCAGCCACCAGGUUUCCAAAAUUUCAUUCAGAAGAUAGGACCUUCCUGGGCAAAAGGAGAUGGUUUUAUCCAGGACUUCUGGGAACAGGCAUUCAGCUGUACAUUAAGAAUGUAUAAGGGGCCAGGAGAGGAGGAGAUCUGUACUGGAGAAGAGAAACUGGACAGCAUUUCUGGAAUUUUGUUUGAAAUGAACAUGACAGGCCACAGCUAUAGUGUCUACAAUGCUGUCUAUGUUGUGGCACAUGCUUUGAAUGCCAUAUUUGAAUCUAUCUCCAAACACAGAAGAAAAGUAGACACCAGGAGAAUGUUAUUUCAGGAUGUGCAACUAUGGCAGAUCCAUCAAUUUUUAAGGCAUACCAUAUUCAAUAACAGUGUUGGAGAAACUGUGUGCUUUGAUGAAAAUGGGGAACUAGAUACUGUUUUUGAUGUUACAAAUUGGAUAAUGUUCCACAAUGGUUCAGUGGUUAGAGCAAAAGUUGGAAAACUGGAACCUCAGGCUGCUCCCGGCAAAGAGUUAACCAUUGAUGAUGACCAAAUUGUAUGGCAUCAACACUUUAAUCAGGUGCUACCCUUUUCUAUAUGUAAUAAGAACUGCUAUCCUGGCUUCAAUAGGAGAAAGAAGGAGGGAGCGAAAUUUUGCUGCUAUGAUUGUGUUCCGUGUCCAGAAGGGAUGUUCUCUAACCAAAAGGACAUGGAUGGCUGUGUCAAAUGUCCAGAAGACAAGUAUCCCAACAAGGACCAAACUGACUGUAUUCCCAAGUUUCUAAGCUACCUCUCUUACAAAGAAGAUUUAGGGAUUGCCUUAGCUAGCUUGGCUAUUUCUUUCUCUUUCAUCACAAUUUCAGUGCUCUUAAUUUUUAUUAAGCACAGGGAAACCCCCAUAGUCAAGGCCAACAAUAGGACUCUCACCUACAUCCUCCUCAUCUCUCUCCUCCUUUGCUUCCUCUGCUCUUUUCUGUUCAUUGGGAAUCCUGGAAGAGUGACCUGCCUUCUACAACAAACUGCUUUUGGCAUUGUUUUCUCCAUGGCUCUUUCCUCUGUGUUGGCAAAGACAAUCACUGUAGUUCUGGCAUUCAUGGCAACCAAACCAGAGGCCAAUAUGAGGAAAUGGGUAGGGAAAGGUGUAGCAAAUUCUAUUGUCCUUUGUUGUUCAUUCGCUCAGGCUGCUAUUUGCACUCUUUGGUUAAGUACUUUCCCUCCAUUCCCUGAUACAGACAUGCAGUCAUUGCAUGGAAACAUCAUACUGCAAUGUAAUGAGGGUUCAGCUACCAUGUUUUACUGUGUCUUGGGCUAUAUGGGUUCCCUGGCCAUAAUCAGCUUCAUUGUGGCUUUUCUUGCCAGGAAGUUACCUGACAGUUUCAAUGAGGCCAAGUUCAUCACUUUCAGCAUGUUGGUGUUUUGCAGUGUGUGGUUAUCUUUUGUCCCAACCUACCAGAGCACCAAAGGAAAAUACAUGGUAGCUGUGGAGAUUUUCUCCAUCUUAUCAUCCAGUGCAGGAUUACUGGUUGGUAUCUUUUUCCCUAAAUGUUACAUCAUUGUGCUGAGGCCAGAGUUGAACAGCAGACAGCACAUUAUAAGGAAAACCAAGUGA